CUCAGCAUCACCAUUAAUGAGCGAGAGAGCAAGCAGAGCAAAAAGAGAAAAAAAAUGAAAUAAAAGUCAAGAGAGAGACAAAACAGAUAGAAAGAGAGAGAGAGAACCCAACAUCAACAAGAAGUUGGAAACAACGAUGUAGUUGUGUCUCUCUGAUUGUGUCAAUCAAAUCUCCCUUCUUUAUAUAUAAAUAUAUAUAUUUUCUCUUUUUCUCUUUCUUUGUUGAGUUCCAUGAUUUUCAGGGCCUCAUCCUUGAAUCCAAUCUCUAGAUAAAAACUGCUCAAUUCUUCUUCUUUUUCUGAAAAUCAAAAUCAGAAUCAAAAUCCCAUUUUGAUUUUCCAGAGAUUCCAGAUUUGUUGCCUUUUUCUCGCCCUUUGUGUUGACCCCAAGACAUAUCUUUUUGUUUCCAGGUUAAUGAUCUUUGUGGGGGAUCUCUCAAAAUUAUGAUAGCUUAGUUCUUCCUUUUACAACAAGAAGAUAAUAGGAAGAAAAAAAAAGUAGCUUUUUAUGUGCAAAGGAGUCUGCCUUCUUUUUUAGACAACAGCAAAUACCAAAGAAUAAUUGGGAUGGAAGGUGAUGUGUUUUCAGGGUUCAGCAAUGGGACUCAAAUAGAUGGGAAAGUUUUGCACACAUUUCAAAAGAGUUUUGUGCAGGUACAAGACAUCCUAGACCAAAACAGGCUGCUAAUCAAUGAGAUUAACCAAAACCAUGAGUCCAAAAUCCCAAACAACUUGAGCCGCAAUGUGGGGUUAAUUAAAGAGUUGAACAACAACAUUAGAAGAGUAGUUGAUCUGUAUGCUGAUCUCUCAACGUCUUACACAAGGUCAAUGGAGGUUUCAUCUGAAGGUGAUUCAUCAGCUGGCACAUUCAAAUCUGAUGGUAAAGCUACUAGUCAGAAGAGAAUCAGAUCUGGGUAACAAAAAAAAAAACACAACACAACAAUAACAAAAACUCAAUCUUUAGUUAACAUCCUAGGUAAUUUGCAUUUGUAAUAAUGUAUGUGGAUUUGUUUUGUUUAUUAUAAAUUGAGUAUAGGGGUUAUCUUAUCUGUACUUUGGCUGCAAGUUUAAUUAUUGUUUAAGGUGAAUGCUUAACUCUGUCAUUAAAAGCAGUUAUGAAGCAUUUUCAGUUCCAUUUUA